AUAUACCGAGAGAAGGAAUGUCGCGAACAACAUAAGCUAAAAGAUCUACACCAAUCCCAAAAUGGUAAAGCUCCCUCUGGCAUCAACCUCACAGAUUCCCAUGUGACAGCCACAUUUCCGUAUUGCAACUCAUCACAACAACAAGGAGUUUAACAAUGCCUUCGGACUCUCUUUUAAUUAUACCUAUAUAAUAGCUAUUAAUACACAAGCUCUAGCAGAAGCAUACCAUUCCCUCCAAAAUGUCCGCAUCUCCCACUGGAGAAUCUUCAGCCAAUGCCAAUUCCGCAAAUGGUAUCAAUCCAGCCGACGAGAAACCGCGGUUAUCGGAACAUGAGAAGAAGGCUAAUCAUAUCGCAUCUGGUAAGUGCUUUCGUAGCUUUUACUCUCAAUUCCUUUUGGAUGAUUUCUCGAUUGACAGGACUGGCACUAACAAUUAUUCUUGCCCGCAGAACAAAAACGGCGCUUAGCAAUUCGCGAAGGCUUUGAUCGACUAGCAGAUUUGGUUCCUGGGCUGGAAGGUCAAGGGAGAAGCGAGAGUGUGGUUUUAAAGAAAACUGUGGAUUAUAUACGGAUACAAUUAGAGGAAAGGCGGUUAUUGGUUGAGGAGGCUGAGAGUUUGGGAGUGGUUGUUGAAGAGAGGUUGAAGGGGGAGCUACCUGGUACGGGUACUGCAGGCUUGGCUACUAGAGGGGCAGGAUGGGCAGAUGGUAGUGAUUGAAUUAUGCGAGAUAGAGAAGGGAAAUGGAAACAAAAAUGGCUAUGGGCUUGGAUUUGGUGUUGAUGCGCGGGGAACUACGGACGGUUGAAUAUAGUCGGCGUUUAUUUUCGGCACCGCUAAGGAUAUGGCGGCUGGAUAACUUUUGAAUGAUAUACCCUACUGAUGGAGGA